GCGCUUCUUCCCCCACACUCACAGCGCAACCUCGCUGAUUCGCUCCAUUAUUGUCAGUCCUCAAUCCGAUGCCACAGCUCUCCGGUUGAAACGCGACCAGGGGAUAUCGAACCAGGAUUAGGAGCCUUUUGAGGGGCUGAUUCAAGUUUUUGUGCUCAGACUCGCCGACCCCGAGAGUUUCAUCAUGAUUACCUUGUCGAGAAAGCUGAAAAUUCUUGCCGUCGGAGGCGCCGCUUGGUACCUGUCAGACAGUGAUCGUCGGUCCGAACUCCUCUCAAAAGUCCUCCGACGGGACUCGUCGAAUCGACAGGAGCAGGCGCAGAACCCGAUUGCCGAGCGGAGACUUUCGGGAAGAGCCCACGGAGAAUCCACAGGAUUUACCAUCGAACGCAGCGGAGUAUCUGAAUCGCACGACCUCCCGUCUUGGCAAAAAAUCCUAGCUAGCCGGCUCGUUCUCGCGGUCCAGCAGCAUAAGCCCGGACCGAGCCCUCCCGGCGGAGAAAAAGAUACUCCCAAGAAUGGCGUACCCGCCGCUCAUGCCGAGGAUGACGACGACGACGAUGAUGAUGAGGAGGAUGAAGAGGAAGAGGAGGGUGAGGAGGAUGAAGAGGAGAAUGACGAAGAGGGUCCCCAUGAACCGAACGCACCCCCCCUGGAAGCAUACGACGAUGUCGAUACUGAUAUUGAUGACGACUACGACAACGUGUUCGAUUUUCCGCGCUUCGAGAAUAACCCGGGUGCUUCCGGACCGCCUGUAGACCGCCCACCGGGCACCGGCAUAUCGCCGAAGAGAGAAAGCUCGAGUGAUGAACUAUCAUCUCUCGACGAUGAAUCCCAGGGCCGCGCCGCUAAAGCUGGUGACGCCGAAGCGGCGGGGCCAAGCGACACUUCGGCUUCCCCACCCGCUCGUCGAGUUAGUUUCAAGGAUCCCGCUCCGGAACAAACUGUACCGGCCCAUCUACGUCGGCCCUUGCUUGUCGGGGGGCAUGCAGGAGCAGGCAGCUCUAGCGAACCACAACGGAGUCCGGAAAGCAAGGGCAAGGAGUCGACUAGUAAGGUUGAGAAAGAAGAAGAGUAAAUUUAGAAAAAACUUCCGAUGAAACUUUUGUGGAUGCGGCACGGCAAACCGAGGCGAUGUCGGCCGAGACUGUCGAGGAGGCUGCUCGUGUGAAAUGAUGAUUUAAGCUUAAAAAAAUGACGCACAUUGAAUGCGAUCCAUAUUUGAUGUAUUCAGACAGGUUUAUAGAUGAUGAAUUUUCGAUUGAAAUGAAAGAAAUGCUCGGAUGAGCAAAAUUUGACGCAACUCCGAGAGACACCAAACGACUCCAUUAUGAAUUGAGCAUUAAUAAAUCUCUAGAUGCUAACAAACAAAAC